AUGAAGUAUAAAUUAUUGGUAAUUCUAGCUCAUUUGCUUACCAGUAUCAAAGCUACCCAAGAAGUAUUUGAUUUAUCAGACCUCCCACCCGACUCAUGUCCCAUUGAUUCACCAAUCUCAUGCUCAAGAAAUUCCCAGGAAUUGGACAAUAUUAAUAGUUGCUGUUAUGAAUCUCCUGCAGGAGUUAUUUUAUUAACUCAGUUUUGGGACUAUAAUCCAGCAACUGGACCAGAGAAUUUGUUUACUCAACAUGGAUUAUGGGGUAACAUGUGCUCGUAUGGAUAUCCGCAAUUUUGUGAUCCCUCCUUAGAAAUUAACCCCAAUGGUGACGUUAUACGAUCAAUUAUAGUUGACCAGUUUGGUGAUGAAGAAUUAUACAAUAACAUGAGUUAUUCUUGGAAAGAUUACCAUGGCAAGGAUAGUUCUUUUUGGGCUCAUGAAUAUAAUAAACAUGGUACAUGUUUCAGUACAAUUAAACCUUCAUGUUACUUAUCCAACACUCCUAAAAACCGGAAUUUAUAUGAUUUUUUCAAAAUUGCCAUUGGAUUGUUUAACAAGUUGCCUACUUAUGAUUGGUUGGCCGAGGCUGGAAUUGUGCCAUCCAAUUCGAAAACUUAUAGCUUGUCAGAGAUUCAAUCAGCUUUAAAUGAUAAAUUUGGAGCAAAUGUAUUUAUAAAAUGUGAUUAUAAUCAUGCAAUCAAUGAGAUUUGGUAUUAUCAUCAUGUCAAGGGAUCUUUAUUGCAACAGAAUUUCCUCCCUAUUGAUUCAGUGGCUUAUACUAAUUGUCCAUCAACUGGAAUUAAGUACCCACCAAAGGGCAAAGUAGCCCAUCCAACAUUAACUACAAAAACAGCAACAGGUACUUCUACCAGCAUACACAACCCAACAGGGGUUCCUGCAAGAUCUUAUGUUCAUUUGUCAGGGAAAUCGGGGUGUCUUAUCAGCAACGGUAAAUGGUACACUUCAGGAACUUGCGCCACUUACCAUUUCAAACAAACAACAGAAGAGUCAAAUAUUGAAAUUAGAUCCUCUAAAGGAAUUUGUGGCAUCAAUGGCAAUAAGGAAUUUACUUGUAGUCGUGCCGUCAGUGGUGGCGCAGAUUUCCAAAUCAAGGAUGGGAAGAUCGGAUAUCAAGACACAUUUGAUUGGUGUUUUGGAAGUACUACUGGAUCGGGCUCAACUGCUCAAACCAGUGUGAAAUUGGCAGACGGUUCUUGUGAUCCUUUCCAAUUGUUAAUUUAG